CCAGAACCCGAACCCCCCCCCCCCCCCCCCCCCCCCCCCCGAUUACCAGUCGUAGAGGCUGAUAGUCCGAUUCAAGUCAUAUCAACAUCAACUAUUCUAAUGCACCGAGGAUUAUUAGCAAAGGCGAUUGCUGAUUGGGGAGAGAUUGCUUUUCGGCAGAGGGAGUGCAGGCUGCUACAGUCGCCGGCAAGGAAGAAUCGCACGCCGCCCUCCAGCUGUGAGAUGUGUGUUCGUACGGAGAAGAUGGAUCAACCGCGGAUCGCCGAGCAGUCCUUCCUGCUCCAGCCGGCGAGGAGAAAACGGAACCCCCGCCGGAGAUUGAGACUUCAGGGAGACUGAAUUUCAGGGGAGGCGGGGGCUUUGGGAAGAUGGAUGGUUUCGAGUUGGGUGGAGGGAUAUGUUUAAGGGUUUUGUUUUAAUUUUAAUUAUAUUGGGAUUAUUAAUAAUUGAAAUUAAAUUAGCAUCAAAUGAGGGGAAAUUUAGUCAUUUCCCAGCCCACUUAACAGUCGUUUAACAGAAAAUUAGACAGAAGAUUAUGUUUGUUAUGUUUUAAUAGUAGAAGGAUACGUUUGUGCAAAAAUUUAGUAGAAGGGUAUGUUUGUUAAUUUGCGAUAGUAGAUGAGUAGAAAAUGCUAUUAACCCUUAUAAUUAUAAUGGAUAAACUAUUAUCUGGCCUGAUUCCCGUUGAAUAUGGAUAGUGAUACCCGACUCCCAGUAGUGUGGAGGGGUAAAAUACUAAAAUACCUUUGAUAUCACUUAAAUUUGAGAAUUGGGGCAGACAUACCACUUAAGUUUGAAUAGAGCAUCGGGUAUCAUUAAAGUCGCCAAAAGAUGCAUCCAUCUAGGUUUCCAUCCAACCCAAAACCUUAAUUACCUUUUGGUACACAAAACUUUUUAAAACAUAAAAAACUACAUUUCAAUUAGUAUUAUCUAAUAUAAAAUUAGAAAACCUUCUAAACAUAGUAUUACUAGAAUGACUAAUGAAUUUUUUCAAUAAAAUAGAUAAAUUAGUAAAAAUAAUAAAUGAAUAUGAAGAAGAAAUAACAAAUAUACUAGAAUAUAAUAAUAAAUAUAUAAAAUUAAUAUUAGAAGAUCUAUUUAAACUCUUAAUACAAUUAGAAAACUCACUAAAAAUAGUUAAAAUAGAAUCUAAUCGACCAUCAUACAUCAAGACAAAAGAAGAUCUAUGUAAACUAUAAAAGCUACAACAUGAAGUAAUAAAUCUAAAAAAGAAAAUAUGAUUAUAGAAAGAGAAUUACUAUUAGUAAAUUUAACUAAUAUGAAAUAUCUACAUAAUAUUAGAUAAUUACAAUGAGAUUUAAUAUAGAAAAUUAGACAAGAUCAACCUGAUGUAAGAGAACUAAAUAUAAAAUCCUCUGAUUAUUAUGUCGAGACAGAAUUAAUAGGAUAUAUUUUCUUAAGGGAAUAUAUCCUAUUAAUUGAACACAUAAUGAAAAUAGAAAAUACUUAUAAUGAUAAUUGAUUCUAAAUUUCUUAUUCAAAAAUUGGUUUGGUGUAAAACAGAGUAUUCAAAAGAUUAUUCCAACUAUAAAAUAAUGAGGUUUUUCAUAAGUUCAAAAGAUUUUUUACAAUAACAAAGAGUAGAAGGACCAAUUCUGAAAUUUAGAAAACGGAAUAUUCCAAUAAUAUUUUUUCAACUUUAAUGGAAUGCACUUGAGAGUAAACUUAAGUGGUAUCGGGUGCACAUAUAACAGAGUUUAGUGGCACACGAUGUUCUAUUCUUACUUAAGUGGUAUAGCUCUCCCAAUUUUCAUACUUUAGUGGUACACAGAGUAUUUUACCCUAGUGUGGAGCAGAGCAUAGGUAUUGUUUUCGUCUUGUUCUGUUUCGUUUCAUCUCAUCUCUUUUUAGAGGUGUUCUAUUUUAAUUUGUCUCAAUAUUUAUUUUUAUUCUUCCUAUUUUAACUUCUAUCAACUCAUAUGUUCGCUCAAUGAUAGUUUAAAUAAGGGCAAGAUUUCAUCUUUCAACUAAUUAGAUUCAAUUAGUCUACCUAUUAUCUCUAAGUUUCAUUCACGAACUAUUUUUUUGUUUGUUUUAUCGUUAAAAAUAAAUAUAUUCUUGAAUGAGUUGAUCUGUCCAAUCCAUACCCCAUGCUAGUAUUAUCGGACUUGAUUUACGCUUGAUGAGGAUAUGAGAAUUGAGAUACAUGUUCGGUUGGCAUCACUACUUGAGCCCAUGGUGAGAAGGGAUGAGAUCAGGUGACUAAAGGGAGUUCCCUUAAGUCACUGUGCCUAGCCAAUAAGAAUUUCAUUUACAU